AUGCCCUCAUCGGAGGAGGAAAGCCAGUGGCUCGUUGGCAGCGGUCUCGCUCCCACCGGCGGCAGUGCGACGAAAACGGGUACCAGCGAGCGCGGCCUCAACACUAGGAUCAGCCUCUACACCGAGGAGAUGACUACGCAGCCGGCGAACGUUCCCACGGCCGGCGUGAACGCGGCCUCGGCCGAUUCGGCGGAGCACGAUCUCAUCGAUUCCACCGCCGAUGCGACCCUCCUGGCGCAGUUCCACGAGGACGCUAUCAAGCAGGCUGGUGUGGGUUACUUUCAAAUAUUUGCUGCUUUCUGCACGGGCUUGAGUCUUGCAGCAGAUACCGUUGAAUUUUUCGUUGUUCCUUAUAUAUUGCCAAGUGCAGAGGUUGAAUUGUGCAUCGAGGACAAUGAGAAGGGAUGGCUCGGCAACAUUACUCUCGUUGGUCUUGCGUUGGGUGGAUUAUUCUGGGGUGGCCUUGGAGAUAGGCUGGGAAGACGUAGGUCCCUCCUAUCGGCCAUGUCCGUACACGUUCUGUUCAGUGGCGUUGCAACUUUUAUGCCUACCUAUGGUACUUUUAUGACGGCUAGAUUCUGCUCCGCACUUGGAGUAGGAGGAGCCGUGCCACUGGCAUUCGUGUAUCUCGCGGAAUGUUGUCCACGAUUAAGCAGGGGUCGCUGGACGGGAAUACUCGUAGCAGCGUGCGCGUUAGGAGGCGUUUACGCCGCCCUCCUGGCCUGGGCAGUGGUACCUACGACAGGAGAGAUGGUGGUCUUGGAAAAUAAGGAACACUUCAGCGCUUGGCAUCGUUUCUUGUUGCUGUGUUGUCUGCCGGCGGUGUGCUCCACGAUCGGUCUUAUCUUUCUGCCCGAGAGUCCGAGGUAUCUCAUAGAAGCCGGUCGGGACGUGGAAGCGAUGAUGGUUUAUCAGAGGAUAUAUAAAAAAAAUAAUGCACGGAAAGGUGCAACAGGUGCUCAGUAUCAACUCUCUGAACUGGAACUCCCGACUAAGAGACCGCGCGGCCUGGCGCCGCCGUCUCCGAGCAAUCACACCAGUGUUCUGGCGGAUAUAAUAUAUUCGAUCGAGAUGUUUUGGAAUUCUUUUCUGGAGUUAUUCGCGACACCCCACUUACGUGUAACUCUGGUCCUGUUGAUUAUCUGGUCCGUUGCUUCAUUCAGCCUUUACGGUCUCAUGAUAUGGUGUCCGGAAUAUCUGAAACUCCUGCGAGCGAUGGAAUACGAAGCGCACACCGAGCACUUUUACAAGAUGGACUACAACGACACGACUUUCACUGGCCCCUGGGAAAAUCGCCAGUACAAGGACUCCACGUUCUUGAAUUGCAAAUUCACUAAGAUGAUAUUCAGCCACGUCGACUUUGACAAUUGUACCUUCCAAUCGGUGGAGUUCAGUAGCAUUAAGUCUAGCAAGACCCAUUUCAGGGACAGCGUUAUUGUAUAUUCAAAAUUUGUUGACACAGACUUGUCCGCGCAAGUUUUCACCAGAUGCAAGUUGGAAAAUAACACGCAAUUAAGUUUAAGCGGGUCCUGCCCGACACUCGAUCUGGAUUACAACAUUUAUAUCGAGGAAGCGUUGCAUGCUCAUCUCGUUGCUCAACUGGCGUUCGUGCCCGCAGCUGCACUGGCGGGCCUGGCACUUACCGUUCUCCAGCGACCAAAACUAAUUGGUCUUUCGCUCUUUUUCUCUUCCUUUGCUGCCUUGUGUUUGGUGCUGAUCCACAAGAACAGUUCGGCAGUUCUUAUUUUCGAGGGUGGCUUCAUAGCCCUCUUUGCCGGUGGCUGGACAUCGCUGACAUUAGUGACGGUCGAGAGUUUCCCCACGCAUCUACGAUGCACCGGUUUUGGGAUUAUAGCGGCGGCUAUAAGAAUAUUUGGUCUGAUAGGAACCACGACAUAUCAGACGUUGGUGGACAUGCCACUAAUCGCGCCCGCACUACUGACCGCGCUGGCAUUACUGAUCGGCAGCGUUGUAACUUUCAAAUUGCCUCACACUCAUACCGUUUUCUUGUAAGCUUUCUAUCAGGUAGGCAGGAAUGCAUAUAUAUUUGAGACUAGAGAUUUGCUAUCGCACAUCAGGCGAACUUACGAGGAACGCGGAGAUUGGACUCUCAAAGAUUAAUCAUGAAUGCGUGAAAAAGACAGAAGAAGAGGCAUAACUGUAUCCCUCAUCCUUAGGAUUCGUUCAAGAGACACGAUGUUCAAGACAUGUCAAUAAUUUAUUGAUCAAAAGGAGACAAUUUUUUAGAUGACGAGACUUUGUACAAACUGACAUAUCCUAAGUAAUAAUGGAGAUAAGCACUCGCAUAUUUGAAGCGCACAGAACGCCCGUGGUAACUUUAGCUCGUUAACAGCUCGGAAUUGGACAGUACUCUUGCAUCAGAAGCGAAUGAUGCUACGCGAUGAAUUGAUCAACGUUCAGAGGAAAAGGAAUGGGAUAUUCGAAGGUAUCGAGUGGUACACGGCGUUUCCAUACGCGAGACACCCUUAAACUGUAUAAUUACCUCACUGUUUUGAUCCUGAUGAUUAAACAGUGACGCAACCAUUGAGCAAGAAAUGUGAAGGAUACAGACACACACGUGCAACUAUUUUAAUAAGGCGUACGCCGUAAAACGUGUCAAUUUUAAUUGAUAGAGGAUGCACGGUCAUCCAUAAUGAUAUACAGGGUGUCUGACAAGUAAGGGACCACCUUAAAGGUGGAAGUAGAUAGGGUCAAACUGAAGAUAAAAGUCCUAUAUCAUUUUGCAAAAUUCCCAAUAGUUAUUGAGUAAUUAAUUAAAAUGUCUAAACGAAUGAGCGCGUGAACAGCGCAGGCCGAACUCGGCCGGCAUGUAAAAUGGUUUACCUACUUGAUCUCUUAGCAACGAUGAGAGCGGCGAGCGAGGCGUGACAUAUGAUACCGCGCCGGGAAAUAAUUGUUGUUUAGAUAUUUUAAUUACUCAAUAAUUAUUGCGAAUUUUGCAAAAUGAUAUAGGACUUUUAUCUUGCAUUUGACCCUAUCUACUUCCAUCUUUAAGGUGGUCCCUUACUUGUCAGGCACCCUGUAUAUAUAUAUACAUGUACAUAUAUACACGCACACAUCUCAUACAUGGGUGUGUUUAUAGUAUAUAUAUAAAUCAUGUAUAUUACGGAACAUUAAUUAGAGGUUCUCGUGUAUCAAUAGUGCAGUUUGAUAUCUCAAUUAUUAUUCCGGGACGACACGUCCCCGAAGAUAAAGUACGCAGCUCUCACUUUUGAUCGAUGGGUCAAACGAUACCAAUACAUGAUACGAAACUUUGAUACGCGCUCCGAUAUAAUUUGCAGAAAACAUCUAUAUUUGUUCAACCGUGAUCACGCGGAACGUUAUAAAGAUCUUACGCACGAUGAUGUGUACAGCAACAAAGUUUCAUGCGUUCUUGCGGAGAAGAUUCAGAUGAGAAGGGACUCGCUCCGUACGCGGAAAACAUUCCUACGUACAGGAAGUAACUAAGCAACUGUGUAUUCAGUACUUCUGCUUUUUAAACAAUUUCUUAGUACGCAUUAGGUCUAUUAGGCGCUAGAAUUCCGCUAAUUUGAUAACUGAAAGAGAACAAAAGAGAGGCAUUAUUCACGUAAUGUAAACGCUGCCGUAUGAAACCUCAAUUCCUAGAUAAAGACUUUCGAGCGAAAAAAUAGAAAAGAUUCAGCUUUAUAGUGUAAAAAAAAAUCCAAGAGAUUAUCGCCUCUAGUCAACGUUAAUCGUCUUUAAGCUUACGAUACGAUCAAUUAUGGACAUACGUCUGACUCUUCAAUGAUAUAACAAAAUGUAGGACGUUAUUUUCUACAAGCAAAAUCAGAACUACACUCUCUGCAUAUAUGAUACCUGUAAUCUGUAAUACUUGAGAAAAGUUUACUAAAGUUUUAUUGUCGCUGACGACGGAUGAAACUGACAGGCUGAAACAACAUAAAAAGAGUUCCUUGAGAGAGAAAAAGAAAAAAUGAGAGGCAAUCGACUUCUAGGCAAUAAGGAAAGCUCGACGAAAGUUCGAUGUAACCACGUUUCAUUCUCGCAUGCUGCACGUGAAACCUGGAGGGAACACUUGGUCGAGUCUUUCAGGAGUUUAUCGAGACAGGAAAUAGCUGCUGUCGGCAGAUUUAAUAGAAUAAAUGUUACGUCCCAUCACGGUUAGUGAGUUUUUUCAUAUCAGAUUGUUGGUAAUCUAUAUACACACACACACACACACACACACAUAGACACAAGAGAUUAAUAUCCAGACCGAGAUUCACAGAUGUCUGGCUGGGAGGAAGAAGCAAAAGUAGAAACGAAAAGAUUUUUCAUUUGGCCAAUAACUGCGAACGUCAUUACACAUUCCAGCGAUUGUUCGGUCUAGUACUAUUUAUGUAUCAUUGAUGACGAUUUUUAAAAUUUAUUUUUAAUAAAAAUAUUAAUAGAAAUCGUUCGUUUCUGCUUGGGAAAGUUAUGAUUAUCAUAGACUGGAUCACAAGACGAGUCGGGUCGGUGUCGUUGUUGCGAGUAUUCCAAGUUAUUUCAAAAUUUGUAAAAUUGGACACGUUCACGAAACAUUAUCGGGACCACGUGACGCCCAUGCCGGAUACUUUUCAUAUCAGAAGUUGAAUGCAGUGUAAGAAUGACGUUUGUUUGAUGUAACAACGACGCUGGCACACACUGGCAUCAGUAUGAUGUAAUUAAUUCUGCUACAACACUCAAGUUUUAUCAUCAUCCAUAGAUAUAUAUGUAUUACAUUUUACUCGACAUAUCAUACUUAUGCACUCUAGAUUUAUAGCUCUUAGUCGGACUAUAUUGAUUAGAACGCGCACGUAAAAGGGAUACGUAACAGUGAUCGUGUGAAAUCACUCUCGGGCAACGUAGACUGAUCGAUUAGAGGAUGUGCCGAGGCACCAUUUCCCAAACUUAGAUUUCUUCAGCGAGAUUUCUUGCGUUUAGCUAAAUAUAGCGUUUAAUGUGUAUAGUUUUAUGUUAUACAAAAAGAUUAUCAAUUGAUCGAACUGUGAAGAACAGCGCCACGAAAUUAUAAUACUCGUGCAAUCCGGUCGAACGUAAUUCGGCGAGUACUUUAUUAACUAAGUUAAGUAUUUAUUAUUUACUGUCCGUAAAAACAAGCGUACAUUGGACUGUAGUUGAUGCAGAGGAUCAGUUGAUAAUCACUACGUCACAUACAGACUGCUUCUUAUAUUGUUAAUUUGGAAAUUAUUUAAUUAAUUAAGGUCUCUUUUUAAUCGACAAUGAUAUGAAAAAUAUCUUAAAAUACUUGAUUUCUUUUUGAGAAAUUUCUUACAUUUUGUUGUGUGUUUUGACUGAUCACUUAGCUUAUAGUACUUGUGAUAUGAGAAUAAAGGUAUUCCGUGACGAAAUUUUUACGCGAAAUUCUAAGAAAUACACGAGAAUGCGACAGAUGUUUUCUAAAACUGUUACUGCGAAAUUCUUAUAUCUAUCGAAAUUAAUUGACAAAAUGUAUAUAAUUAUUUUUGACGAGUGCGAAAUUAUAUACAGCAAUAGUAUACGUACACGAUACUAAUAAAUCAAGUGCAGCCAUGUGGAAAAAUUGCAUUCACAAAUUCACAUAUAAGAAAAGACAUCUUAAUAUUACUGUUAUCACUACUUCGUAUAUUAAUAUACUUAGCAUAUAAUAGGAUAGGAAAAUCAAUUUCACACUUUUCCUCUCAGAUUUUAUCAUUUUUGAGCAUAGCUGUCAUGUAGCAUAAUUUCCAUAGACAUAUAUCUAUACGUGCAUAUACAUAUGUGUCUAUGAAAGUUUUACGGACAUUUUAUUUCUCGGAAACAAUUGAGAGAAAGGCAUAUUCCUCGUUGUUACUGAAGAUUUAGACAUAUAACAAAUUUUAUAAACUAUAAAUUAAUUAAUUUAAAAUAAUUUAUAUAUAACUGUUAUGCACUCUCUUUAGGCUCGUUACUCUAUUAUUAUACGGAAUAUAAAUAUUAUUUUUUUUUAUAUUAAAAUCUUUUAACAUCUUAAAGUAUUUAUUAAGUAAUGAUCAAACAAAUUUUAUUCCGGAAAAUUAUUAAUCCAAGAGAGGCUAUAUAUCAUAAUAUCUUUAGAAUAUAUAUAUUUUUUGAUAUAUAUAUAUAUAUAUAUAUAUAUAUAUCAAAAAACAUUACACUGUGUACAAGUGCAACUAUUAAUUUAUUUAUAUUGUAGCGAUUAUUGAUAAAAUUUAUGUUUAAUACAACUCGUUCUAUUCGUUUUGUUAUCAUUCAGUUAAUCUAUUUGUACAUACAUAAUUCUUAGGCUAAUUUCACGCAGAUCGAUUUAUAAUGUCUAGCCAUAUGGCAUCGGCUGGAAUAACGUGGCAUUAUGCUUCAUUUUGCUCAGUAUGUCUACAAGAUUAAACGAAAGCGAGAUUAAAAGUGAUCCUUCAAGCUAUCAUUUCGUUGGUUGGAGGAUAAAAAGAGAUUUUUAUUCAUCCCUCCGAAAAUAUUCUGCGUAACUCCCCAGGUAACAAGGUGAUGUCUUAAUGACAUCACCUUGCUACUUGGGUUGGAAUAGGAUGUCAUUUGCAAGAUGGAUCGGACGAGUGCAUUUGAAAAAAAGCAAACAAUAUGCAGCGAGACGAUACAUAACGAUCAUUUGAUAAAUCCCGCCGCUUUUUAAAAAUUCUUUUUGGUUGAAAUGUGCGAGAGUGACCGAAAAAACAAAGGAUUCCAAAUUUAUGCGAAAGUUUGUUACAUAUCGUUCGUUUCUACUAUGUACAUCUGCAAAUGAGUCUUACUUUUCCCUCGACUGAAGCGACAAUGUUUGAGAAUGACAAAACAGUUUCGGAGUAGUUCGUUUACGUUUUGAUCUCAACAUAUAUAAUUUUCAUAUGAUAAAAGUCGUGGUGCGCGACUAGAUUUAAAGUUAAGCUACGAAAUGUAUGAAUGGCAUAAAUGAAAAUUUUAUUGAAUCUAAAA